UCCCACAGAAAUGGGGAACACCCUGCCCGGAGCUGCAGCCCACGUUACUGAGCAUCGGCACUCCUCACAAACUUCUGUGAAAUUCCGCCAGCGUGCCGCCCAUCCCUACUCCAUCCCACCCGCGCUUUCUCCUCCCGGGCGGGGACCCUCGGCAAACCCCAAUGGGUCCCUGGAUCGCCAGCGUUCUGGCUGUCGCAGGGCCAGGGCCCUGGGGCCCAGGCUUCUGGCGGCGGAGGCCGCGCCCGCCGUAUUCCCAGCGGGUUCCCGCAAUGGCCCGGGAGAAGCUCGGGGUCAGGGACCGCGGGCGGACAGCAGAGACGAGGCCCAGCUCAUCCCCUCCGCGCCGCCGCGGCCCCCCGCAACUCCACGGCUCGCUGCGCUGCAAAGCCAUGGGAGCUUUCGCUCAGGGGACAGGGAGGAAUUGUAGCCCGAAACAGAAAAAAAGAAGCCCCGCUGGUACUCGGCGCCGGCCGGCAAGCCGACCGAAGCAGCAGCCCCGCUCCGCCCGCGCGUCUCACUCACCCACUCGCCGCUGCCGAGCUUCCACCGCGGGCGAAGGGACCACAACCGCAGCCAGCUCCGGGCUCCGCCCCGGGCCCGCCCCGACCACGCCUCCGGGCCCGCCCCGUGCAGCCCCGCCCCCAGCCUCUCGCGGUCCCAGGUUCCGCAGGCGCCUCUCUGCAGGUCUUCGCGACCUUGUCCCCUCUGUCGUCUUUGGUCACCCUAGUGGAGCAAGCACUGAGCUGAGGCAACCGACACGCACCUCCCUAGUCUGUCUGGGCACCACGCCCACAGAGAAGGAAAGGGCAAUUGGCAGGGAUGACACGACAAACGCCAUCUUUCACGUGGGCGGAACUAGUGUCUGCUUGACGCGCCUUCGCUUCCUAGUGGGACACCAUCACACCUGCUAACUGACCUCUUGCUGAUUCCUUGUUUGGGAAGACUCCAUGCAACUGGACUUUCCAAUGGGAUCUUUUGCUAAAAACCGUCUGCAUUAAUAUUCUGUCCAGCACCAGAUGAACCUGAUCUUGGGCCCUUCUAGUGUGUUCUGUUCUUGUUCAAUCUACUAUCAAGUGUGGUCCUUGUCACUGAAUGUAUAGGGACCACUGCAAAGAGACUGACAUUCUGUAUCCACCACUUCUAAUAAGACCUUAUGUGAAUUCGCUUUCUAAUACAGGUUUUGGUGUCUAAGUCUGAGGGGAUAGAGCACACCAGCUUGUCCAGUGAAAAGGAACUCAGAGCUUGGUGAACUGAGAUGCCAUAAGCUAUCACUCACGUGAAGGAAGGACCUCUGUUAGUCCUCCACCACUGCACCAAACCUUGGUUACAGUUUCGGAGGUCUCUGUUCAGGGUUGCUUGGCUCUCUCCUUGCUUUGGGCCUGUGGCAGCACAGUGCAUCAUGGCAGGAGCACCUGGUGGAGGAAGGCUGUCUGCCUCGCCACAGCUGGGAAGAGAAAGGCAGGCAGAAGGCACUCGGUUCUCAGUAUCUUCUCCUAUGGACACAGCCUAAUGAUGAUCAAGUUUUCAUAGUGUAUAAGAUUUGAUAAUGACAAUUGGUCACUGUGAUCUGGAUUACAUAUUUACUAUAUCAUACUGCUUUCACUCCUAAGUAGACUCCCUAACUACAAAAGGAAAAGGAAGCAACAAACAAGCAAAGGAUAUAAAGCCGUGUAUUAUAAAGCAGGUGUUAUUUUAUGACGGCAGCAGCCUCAUGUGUCUUUGUUCAUUGCACGCCUUCAUUGCACCAUUGUUUGGGGCUUGAGUUAAUCUGCUUUUGCUCUUUCUGUUCAUCAUGACCCUGGCAUAGAGACCAGUGCGCCACAAGAUAUACCAUUGAGCUUUAUAUAUGUAUCCCCUAUGACAUCACGAAACAAAGAAAUCUAAUGAUGCAUUUCUCAGAAUGUGUCCUUGUUGUUAAGCAAUACAUGAGGACAGAUAUUUAACUAGGGGAAAGAUUAGCUGCUUCAAACUUCUUUCUCUUAUCAGGAUUAUAUGCUUAAUAAAUUGUGAGUGAUUAUAGUCCUGGGAUGCAUCUUUAGGAAAUAAGAGACAGAAAGUUAGAUGUAUAAAAUUGUUCAUUGAACCAUUAUUCAAAAUAGCAACACUUUAAAACAACCCAUUGAAUAUUGAUGAUGUCCCCAAAUGGUAGAUAUUUAUACUAUUGAAAAUGACAGUUGAUGACUUUAUAGAAGCUUUCGGUCUACCAUAUAGAGUGCAAUUAAAACACCAUGAUACAGGCAUGUGGCUUUUCCGACCACUGAAACAAAGAUUCAUUGGGCAAGGGAGGAAGUAGGGAGGCAAGCAGAGGGUCUGAGACAAUGUGUAUGCUGGCAUCUCAGUGAAGCUGCUCAUAUGAACAAACGAGAGGCAAGAGAGAUGAGGAACGUUGCAGAGCUCACUCACUAGUGACAACACACUGGUAUCACUGCUGAUCCCAUGAGGAGGUACCGCCAUGGUCUUACAUCUGUUUCCAUAGGCCCUUGCCUACACAAGGUCACAGUUUCAUUGAGAACUUCUGGUAAAUUGGAGCAUUUCAGUUGUUAAUAUAUUCAGAUUAUAUUUUAAAUUCCUCAACAAGGUAUGAUUUAUCUUUUAAAACAAUAGCCCUU